AUGACUAGUGACGGUGCUAGUACUAGUGGUAUUAAGAAAAUAUAUCGUCGUACACCUAUUUUGGUUAUAAAUUCUGAGCCGCAUACUCCUGAUGCUGAUUUGAAUGACAAUGUGGUUACUUCUCAAGUGGAUGAUACUGUCUCUGUUGAAUAUGAUACCACUGCUUCAGCCAUGGAUAAUGUUUGGGACAUUGCUGCAGCCUUUGCUUAUAAUGCACAGAAUCAUACUGAUGCAUGGAAACAUGUGAUUGUAAAAACUUAUCCUUCUUUAUUCAUUUUUGCUUUGUUUUUUCUUUUGUUGUUUUCUUGCAGUCUUUCUUUGAAUUUCUCUGUUAUUACCGUCAUGAAAAUUCUUUCCUGGAACUGUCAAGGUAUAGGUAACCCUCAUACCCGUGAUUAUAUUCAAUUUUGUUUGACCAACAAUGACCCUGAUAUUUUUUUCUUGUGUGAAACCAAAACUCAGUCUAAUAAUAUGAGAUUUUAUCUUUCUAAAACUAAUUAUCCUCAUUACUGGUUUCAUCCCUCUUUGGGUCUCUCUGGAGGUAUCUCUCUUGGCUGGAAAAAUGGAAUUGAUAUUGAAAUCAUGUAUACAACCUCUAAAACUAUCCAUGCUAUUGUUCAUACUCAUGAUAAUAAUAUGGAUUUCUUGAUAACCUUCAUGUAUGGGGCUCAUGAUGAUACAGAAAAUGCUAAUCAGUGGCAAUAUCUUAUUAAUAUGCAUUUGUUUGUUGAUCUUCCUUGGGUUCUUCUUGGUGAUUUAAACUUCACCAUGCAUGACUCUGAAACUCAUAGCUCUAGUGUCACUCAUCCUCAUCAUGCUAGACAUGUUAGAAAUUUUGUUCAACAACUAGAUCUCAUUGACUCAGGUUACUCAGGAGCUGACACAACUUGGUCAAAUCAUCGUAGUGGAGAUGAUCAUGUCUCUGCUCGUCUAGAUAGAGCUUUAGUGAAUAAUCACUGGAUCAACCACUACACAAAUGCACAUCUUCAACAUCUAGUACCUGUUGCUUCGGAUCACUGCCCGAUUUUGCUACAUACAGUUCCUUCUGCUACAAAACAUUCUCCUUUUAAACUCUACAAGUGUUGGUUUAAAAUGGAUUCUUGUACUGAUACUAUUGCACGCAGCUGGCAACAUCGAUUUUUGGGGUCUCCUUCGUUUCAGUUUUCUAGUAAAUUAAAACUAACCAGAACUCAACUGCAGAUAUGGAAACGACUUUCUUUUGGCAACAUCGAGAAUAACCUUCAAAAUAUUCAGAAGCAGUUACAAUUUUGCUAUGACCGCAAUUUGCCUUCUUCUAAUCCUCAAGUUAAGCAUCUUAGCUCUUCCUUGCAGCAAUGGCUUUUGAUUCAAAAAGAGUUCUUCAUGCAAAAAGCAGGUGAUAAAUUUCUUGAAGCAGAUAGAAACACUUCUUAUUUUCACUCGAUAGUCAAUUACAAUAAGAGAAGAUCAACUAUCAAUUCUAUCCAGGGUCCCUUGGGCAUUUGGUUUGAUAGCAGAAGUGAUAUUGAAGCUAUAUUUACUAACCAUUUUAAGAAUAUUGCUACUUCUUCUAAGCCUCAGAUUAAUAAUGAGAUUCUGCAGCUUUUUCAACCUUGUGUUUCAGAAAUACAGAACAAUUGCCUUAUCCAGGUGCCUCAUGCUCAAGAAACAAAGGAUGUGGUAUUUCAAAUCAAGCCUUGGGAUUCUCUGGGAAAUGAUGGGUUCCAAGCUGGAUUUUAUCAACAUUGUUGGGAUGUUGUUGGCACUGAGCAGCUUCAACACUUUCUUCAUAUAUUUGGACAAGCUUCAGGUCAGGUGAUAAAUAUGCAGAAAUCAACCUUAUUUUUUGGCAAGCACACUUCUAAUGCUCAUAAGUCUAAUAUCACUGGUAUUCUUGGUAUGAAAGUUAUGGGACUUGGCGAAAAAUACUUGGGUAUACCUCUUCUGCUGCAUAGAUCUAGACAUAAGAACUGUCAGGGGGUUAUUGAUAACAUGAAUAAUAGAUUGCAGGGCUGGCAGAGCAAAAUUGUGAAUCAAGCAGGAAGAACUACUCAGGUUAAUUCUGUUCUAAGAUCUAUGGGUAUGUAUCAAAUGCAGGUUUUCAAACUACCUGAAGAAACUCUUCAACAAAUGGAAAGAAUUCAGAGAAGCUAUUGGUGGAACAGUUACAUCAAGCCACGUUCUCAAAAUUACAUCUCUUGGAGAAAGGUAUGUUUACCUAAAAGGCUAGGUGGUUUAGGACUUAAAAAUUUAUGUAACUAUAACUUAGCUUUUCUUGCGAAACUAGCUUGGCAAUUGUUACAUAACCAAGAUGCUUUAUGGGCGAAGUUGUUGAAAGGUAAACAUUUUCCUCAUCAUGACCUGCGUUUCUUCCCUCCUCCGGUUAACUUAAAUUCAAGUUGGAUUUGGCAAAGUAUCUCUAUUGGGCUUGAGAUUAUGUUGAAAAAUGCUAAAUGCCAAGUUGGUAAUGGUGCUCAUAUCAACAUCUGGACUUCUAAUUGGAUUCCUUCUCUGAAUUCUGCUUUACAGGACUGGGGAGAUUUGAAUAUUUCUAACUACCAGUUGGUUUCUGAUCUUAUAGAUACUGAUACUGAACAGUGGAAUGUGUCGCUUCUUCGCCUUCUUUUUACAGCUGAUCAGGUGAACUCCAUUUUAACCAUUCCCAUUCAGUUAAAUCAAGAGGAUAAAUUAAUCUGGCCCUUUACAACCACUGGUAUUUUUACUACUGCCUCAACUUAUAAGAUGUUGUGUGAUAAAGAUAUCCUAACAGAUAACUCCAUGGGUUUAUCUCAACAUUUUUGGUUAUCUUUUUGGAAGUUGAAAGUACCUUACAAGUUUCAGAUUUUCCUGUGGAGAGCUAUUCACAAUGCUGUUCCAGUCAAAUCAAGAAUUUUCACCCAUGUGCAUAAUGCUGAUUUACACUGUGUACUUUGCAACCACAAUCAAAUGGAAGAUCUGGACCAUCUAUUACUUCAUUGCCCCUUCUCUAGGGCCAUAUGGCAGUAUUUUUUACCUCAUCAGUUUCACUUUAUUUUGCAGCACUCUUCUCUCUUAUCUUGGAUUCAGACUUGGCAACUCAAAGACUCCAUCAUCAACAUCCAGAAAUCUCCUGAGAUUGUUCACUUAGCUAUGUGCAUCAUGCAUUUCAUAUGGAAGCUUAGAUGUAGGGUUGUUUUUAACAAUAUCACUCCCAACCAUAACUCCGUAGUCCAUCAGGUCAAUUCAUACAUUCUCCAGCAUCAUCUAGGAAACUCUCCUGCUAACUACAAUCAUCCUAAUGUUCAUAAUAAGCUUUUACAUCAUAGAUGGGAUCCUCCUCCUUUGCAGUACCUAAAAAUUAAUAUCGAUGCUUCUUAUAAUUCUAGUUCUUUGUUAGCUGGUAUUGGAAUUAUAAUUCGGAACUCUACAGGGGCAUAUGUCAUGGGAAGGGGAGCCUUGAGAAGAGCUAGUAACGCUCAACAGGCCGAAGCAUGGGCAAUGUUGGAGGCUAUGCAACUGGCAGAUUCAAAUGGUUGGUCUCAUGUGAUUUUUGAAUCUGAUAAUCUGGGAAUUUGUUCUUUUCUUCAACAACAAUCUUCUCUUUGUCACUGGCAGAGUAUGCCUCUUCUGCGAAAAUGUGUAAACAUAUGUAAUAUUAAUCCUGGUUGGUCUUGUAGUUUUGUGUAUAGGUCUGGUAAUAAAGCUGCAGAUUCAAUAGCGAAGGCAGCUUAUAAGCAUAAUCUAUGUGGGGAUUGGUGGUUUCAUCCACCUCCUUUGUUAAUUCCCUACAUAAGUUGUGAUGUGAUGCGAAUGAGGGGGGCUGGCUCUUCCGAUGCUGAAAAUGAGGUUGGCAGGAGGGUGGAAAUUCUGGUGUCUCUUCUUCAGUUUGCAGUUCCUAGACAUGGUGAGACUAAUUGCAAGUGGACAUUGUCAAUUCUAUCAGCCUAA